UUCGUCGACAGCACGGGCGCCUCGUCGUCGACGGCGUGCGCCGCCGGCACGUACUCGGCGACAGCCUCGGAGGAGUGCGCGACGUGCGAGGUCGGCACGUACAGCACCGAGGGCAGCGACACGUGCACCCUGUGCUCGAGCGGGUACUCGAGCGACGCCGAGGGCGCGAGCGAGUGCGAGGCGUGCCCGGUCGGCAAGUACAAGGGCGCGGGCGCGGGCGCGUGCAUCGACUGCGCCGCGGCCAAGUACGCGGACGAGGAGGGCUCGAGCGACUGCAAGCUCGCCGAGGCGGGCAGCUUCGUCGACAGCACCGGCGCGUCGUCGUCGACCGCGUGCCCCGCGGGCACCUACUCGGCGACAGCCUCGGAGGAGUGUGCGACGUGCGAGGUCGGGACGUACAGCGCCGAGGGCAGCGACACCGAGUGCGUCGACUGCGCCGUGGCCAAGUACGCGGACGAGGAGGGCUCGAGCGACUGCAAGCUCGCGGCCGCCGGGAGCUUCGUGGGAAGCACCGGCGCGUCGUCGUCGUCGCCGUGUCCGCCUGGCACGUACUCGGCGACAGCCUCGGAGGAGUGCGCGACGUGCGAGGUCGGUACGUACAGCACCGAGGGCAGCUCUUCGUGCACGUCCUGCGGCGCGGGAACUUCUAGCAGCUCCACCGGCGCGAUCGAAUGCACUCCCUGCAUCGCGGGAAAGUACAAAGGCGCUGGGUCGGGCGAGUGCAGCGCAUGCGCGGUCGGGACGUUCGCCGACGCAACCGGACAGUCGAGCUGCGCGCUCUGCGAGGUCGGCUUUUACACGGCCGCGACCGGGCAAUCCGCGUGCCAGCUCGCCGACGCCGGUCAAUUUGUCGACGCGUUCGGCGCCUCGCAGCAAACUCCGUGUCCGGUGGGCACGUACAGUGGCUCGGGCGCGUCGGAGUGCUCGGACUGCGAACCUGGAACGUUCACCGCUUCCGGAGGUCAGACGAGCUGCGCGCUCGUCUCGGCGGGCUCGUACGUAGAGACAUCUGGCGCGAGCGCGGAGACGGCGUGUCCAGACGGAAAGUACUCGAGCAGUGGAGCCGAGUCCUGCGUCGAGUGCGCCGUAGGGUUC